GAUAAAGAUUAAACACUAUUAAUGGCUGCCGCCAGCUGUGUUGAGUAGAAGAGGGAUAAACACUCGUUUGUUUUAGGAGAAAGUCUUAUUUUUGAGAAACUUCUUGCUGGUCGUAAGGAUGACACACACGGAGUCCUUCAUGUCGUGGUUUGAUAGGGCAUUGUCAAAGGUUUUCAUGAAAAGCACAGAAACCAGUUUUUUGACUGAAGAGAUGCUUAAGAUGAGUGAUGUAGGUUUGCCAAAACUACUUGAAAUGCUGGCACUUCUCAUCAACAAACUCCAGAUCUACCAGGACAACUUGAAAGAAUCAUUGGAAGAAAGUCAAGUUGAUGUCGAAACAAUUGAUGGUGAACAUGUUGACACAGGGAUGGACACAUCGUCUAUGAGGCAUUCUAGUAUCACAAAAGAAAAUGUUUGUGAUACAAUGCUGACUGAACCAUCAAGAACUUCUCAGGAUGCCAGUGUACAGACUGAGGAUGUCAAGAUUUCUGACCUGUCCAGAAAUUCAUUUCAAACUGAAAAAUCUGAAGACACAGGGAUUUUGCAAGACAGGGAAACCAAUAGUAGUUGUGGUCUAAUAUCUGAUGAAUCCGAUGAUGUUGUGAACAAGAUGAAUGACUGCAGACACACGAACGACAAAAACCUGGUGCAGAUACAAGCAUCCAAGUCUGAGAUAGACAGAAGAAUUGCAGCCUUUGUGGAGAAGAAGCAGUUGGAGGUAAACGAGCUGAACAGACGAGAGUUCUGCAGUGUACAAGGCCCGGAGGAAGAGGCAGAAAAUAGCUGUGCCCGUGUUGACUCCCUGUUUUUCACAAGAGCAGAUGGAAAGAGUCAUAUCAAAGUGAGUCGUGUUGUGAACCUACAGGGUCCUCAGACCCAGAUCCCCACCCACUCCGUGGACACUUCUGAAUCCAAGGAGGUAGUACAGAAGAACAAUCUUCCCCUGGGGAUAGAGGAGAGGCUCACCAACAUGGAGAAGCAUCUGAAUGUCAGCAAAGGUAAAGUGUCAUGUAGCGACGUGUACACCAGACUGAAGUUCCUUGAGGAACGCAUUCUAUUUUUGGAAAGUUUGUCUCCAGAAUACUUCACGUUUCAGCCACCCCACCAUAAGAAACCCAGAAAGGAGAAACGGGACAACUUCUACAGGGCACCUGAGGAUGAGAGUAUGAGUGUGUCGGAUAUAGACAUGAAGAUUAAACAGCUUAGAGAAUCUUUGUCAAAGAAAGCUUCCUCAAGCACACCAGCUUCAUUGUCAAACACUACGUAAUAAACAAGUCCAUCGCAACUCGGUGUCCAAUUAUUUUAUAUCUAAAAUGCUGUUUGGUCACUGAGCUGAGCA